GUUAGUUUAAAUAUCAUACACCUAUACAUGCAGCUAUCGCCAUAUAAGAAAUAAGUAAAGUGCCGGUAUGAUAAACUUAUAGGACGCUAGAGAUGCGUUAGUCAUUUUCGUUGGUAAUUUGGUCAGAUAUAGUUCAGUUGUUUCAUCAUACACUAGUGAUUUGUGGUGCUAAAAAAGUGAAAAGUAUUUUAUUAUACGAAAAGAAUUUGAAAAAAUAAGUGUUCUACAUGGCGGAUGAGGAAACAAAGAAGUGUUUGAAUGAUUGGGGAUUCAGUGAUUUAGUGGAUCUAUUUUCAGAACAAGAAAUCACUUAUGACUGCUUAAAAUCGCUAUCCACGGAUUUAAUCAAGGAAUUGGUUCCUGUUGUUGGCAAAAGAAUAAAAUUUAUUGAACAAUGGAAAAUAGCAUUUGGAACUACGCAACGCGUCAUUCAGUCUGAAAACGUCAUUGAUGACUCAACACCAUUGAGUGAAUCUACCGAAACAGCUCUAUGUUACACAAACCGACCUAAAAACAACUUUAAAAAAAGAACAUAUACGGGAGAAAGCGAGUAUAGAAAGCGUUUGAAAAAAUUAGAAGGAGAUUAUUUAGAUGAUUUGUUAAGUAAAAGAAGUAACUUAGCAGAUCCUUUGUUAGCUGAUUAUAAGAGAAACAAUAGACUGUCCGACGUAUCAUCUUUUUUGCUGUGCGAUUGUAUUGCUGAUGAUUUAGUCGUUGAUAAAUAUAGUAAGUUUGUGACGCAAGAUUAUAUCGAUUUAACAAACCAAAUUAAAAAAUGGUUCCCAACUGAGGAUUCAACGACGUAUUUUCGACCAGGAAUUCCUAAAAGUCUUUCCAAAAACAAAAAAUCUAAGAAACCUGGUGGCAGAUUGUAUGAUAAAAUUAAAAAUCGCAAAUCUUUAUUUGCCCAAUUAACAGGUACAGUUAGACGCAAAGACCAAUCAGAAAAUACAGAUGAAGAUGAAAUUGAACCACUAGCUGAAGACGUAGCUGAAAGUUUGGUAUGGUUGGAUCAUAAUCGUGAUUUUACACUAAUUGAUCAUCAUUGGAAGAUAACAGCUAAAGCUCGUAAUGAUAUAUUAAUGAAAUCAAAUGGAAAUGUCUUCGACUAUCUAAAAAAGUAUCCAGUGCUAAAAGAUCCAAACCAUGGUUUUCGUUUAGUAAAUAUUGAUUUUUGUGAGCUGUAUACAACCUCUGAAUCAAAAUUCUAUGAGCAUUGGGAAUGUUUCGUCACAAAAGUGUUUGAUCAAACUAUUAGAAAGAAAAAAAGUUAUACAGACGACGUUCAAGAGCUGUUAAAUAUAAUUGAUGAUGAAAAUACUAAUUUGUAUGCCAAACGUUUUGCUGAAAUAUUAUUAUUACCUUUUGCCGUUCCUCCACGAGCUGGUGUAUCUAAAGUUGAUAAAGAGUAUUGGAAACCAACAAUAUUAGAGAGCCAACAAGGAUUUGCAGUGCAUGCUAAAGACGUUGGAGAUAUUGAAAAAAUUCAUGAAGAUAAAGUAACACAGAUGCGCAAAAAAAAAACAACUGUCCAGCCAUAUAUACUCGGAAUAGGAAAUACUUUAAAAGAUGUGAAUAGUUUCAUGGUGAUACUUGAUAAACCUCUUUAUCGUUUUGAUUCACCUUUAACAGCACUUUUAAUUUGUUUCAAAAUAUUUUAUGUCUGGAAUGUUGGAUUUCCGUUACAAAGCAAACAAAUUUGGACGUUGUUACAGCACGGUAUUUUGAAAUUUACAACUGAUACUGAUGAAAAUAUAACUCAUGUCAGUAAGCUUCUUGAGCUUAUUAAAAAUUAAUUUAAUUACUUCUCGUUGUAUUAGAAUGAAAAAUUGAGUUUAGAAAUGGGUAUUAUAUGUCCAUAUUGCGAUUGUCAUUUUAAAAUAAUGAAUGACCUAUUUGUUCACUGUAAAUUAAAACACAGUUUAUAUUUUAAUCGAUCGGUUAAAUGUAAACAACCAUUCUGUUUACGAUUACAUUGUGAUUAUUAUUCUUUAAAGAAACAUAUUCGUUUAAAACAUAAAAUUCCUGUAGAGGAUAAUAAUAAUGAUAAUUUUAGUAAUUUUAAAGAUUCAGUAGCUUGUGGCAAUGAUAAUAAUAUAUAUACUAUACCAUUAUCUCCAAUAAUACAACCUUCAUCAAAUUCUACUACUCAAAAUAUAUCUCAGAAGAUCACACUUAAUGAUGUAAAAAAUUCAGUUCAUAGUGCAGCGAUUAGUUUUCUUUCUAAAUUACAUGCGAAUCCCAAUAUAUCAAGAUCUGCAAUACAAGGUAUAGUUAAUAACACAUCCGAAUUAUUUGAAUCGUGUGGUGUUCAUUUAGUUAGAGAAGUCCUCCAAAAUAAAAACGUUUAUGAUUCUGAAGUAGAUGAAAUCCUUACUAUUAUGACUAAUCCUUUGAAAAAUUUACAAACUGAACAUCAAAGAAAGGAAUUUUUUUCAAGUACUGGAUGUUUCAUUAAACCACAACGUUUUACAAUCGAUACUGUUCUUAGGCAAAAAAUUCAAGGAGAAAAAAAUAUUCAUGUUUUAAGUAAUGCUACGGGAGAAUUUAUUUCAAUGCGUCAAGUAUUAAAAAAAUUUCUGGAGCUGCCAAAUGUUUACAAAUUUAUUGAUGAAUAUAUGUGUAAAAAAGAAAGCGAAAGUUUGGGUGAACUUGAUAGUUUUUUAAAAGGUACCCUUUGGCGGGAACUGAAAUUGAAAUUUGUAAAUAAAAAGGUCUUCCCUUUAACUAUUUACUUCGACGAACUAGAAAUUAACAACCCUUUAGGUUCUCAUAUUUCAGUAGAUAAAAUUGGUGUAAUCUACUAUAAAAUAACUUCUUUACCCCCAGAAUAUUCAUCAAAAAUUGAAAAUAUAUUUUUAGCUCUGAUACAUCGAACUAUGCAUCGAGAAGAUUCAUUUGGAAAUUCGAACAUUAAUGAAAUAUUUAAAAAUUUAAUUAACGAACUGAAAUAUUUAGAAAGUGAGGGCCUUGA